AAUCAUGAAGAAUAACAUUUACUACAUGAAAAUGGAGAUUGCGUCAAUGGCGCUGGCCGAAACGGAAUAUAAUUUAACAUAAUAGGAACUAUAUAGGAAUGCUUUUCUCUGUCAUUCUCUAUGCUUGAAAAUAGACAGGAACAAUAAGGACGAGCGGACCAAUUGCAGGGUUUUAACACAGAAUUCAACAUUUUCUGUGACAUUUUUUUAUCGUAGUCAGAAGCAAGUAUCACCUGGUGAUAGUAGGUAAACAUCGACAACAAAACUACCAUCUCUCAAUGCACAUUGGCUAUCUAGCUAGCAAGCUAGCCGAUAGCUAGCCAAACUAGCCAACCUGAAUUAGUAAAUUAGCUUCUUGCGUUGUGUGCCAAUAUAGCCAUUGUAUGUUGUACCAAUAAUUAUUAUGCUAGUUAAUUCGCUAACUAGCUGGCCAGCUAGCUAACGUAGUUCUUGAAAAUCCUUCUUAUUUGUAGGGUUUUUCAGCGGUUAGCUUCGCCAGUGGUUGGCUUUGUGAUUGUGAACUACAAUUCGGACACUGUUUUAACAUUUAGAAACGUCAAUAAUCAUAGCUUGCUAAACGGUUAUCGAAACACAUGCAGAUAUGCCCCUUACCUUUCAUAUCAGCGAGAAAGAUAUCUUUCAAAUAAAAAAAGUAUACAUUUACUGUAGAAGGCCGUGUGGGAAGACUAACCCUAUAAAGGCAGGACAGGACAACUUGGCUUGUAUGUGAGGGCAAGCGUCUGCUCUGCCAACCAUGGCCAACAAUGUGGAGGACGUCGAGAACAAUAUGGCGACUGAGGCGUCAACCCAGAACCAGCACACGGAGCUGAGGGUACGGUCCAGAGGUGGCGGGGGCGGGGCGGAGCAGAAUGGACUGCCCCCCUCCACAGCCCCCCCACAACGCCCCCCCCAGGUGGUAGAGAGCGAGGAGGAUGAGGAGUUGCCGUUGAACUACGGGGCCAAACACGUCAUCAUGCUGUUCGUCCCCGUCACGCUCUGCAUGGUGGUCGUUGUUGCAACCAUCAAGUCCGUCAGCUUCUACACCCAGAACGACGGACAGAGGCUGAUCUACACCCCGUUCCCUGAGGACACAGACACAAUAGGACAGCGAGCCCUGAACUCAGUCCUCAACGCCACCAUCAUGAUCAGUGUCAUCAUAGUGAUGACCAUGGUUCUGGUGCUGCUAUAUAAGUACCGCUGCUACAAGGUGAUCCAAGGCUGGCUGUUCCUCUCUUCUCUCCUCCUCCUGUUCUUCUUCUCCUUCAUCUACCUCAACGAAGUGUUCAAGACGUACAAUGUGGCGAUGGACUGGUUCACCCUGGCUGUGAUCGUCUGGAACUUCGGGGUGGUAGGGAUGAUCUGUAUCCACUGGAAGGGUCCUCUCCGUCUGCAGCAGGCCUACCUCAUCAUGAUCUCUGCUCUCAUGGCUCUGGUCUUCAUCAAGUACCUGCCUGAGUGGACCGCCUGGCUCAUCCUGGCUGUUAUAUCUGUCUAUGAUCUGUUAGCAGUGCUCUGUCCCAAAGGUCCUCUACGUAUCCUAGUGGAGACUGCUCAGGAAAGGAACGAACCCAUCUUCCCUGCUCUCAUCUACUCCUCGACCAUGGUGUGGCUGGUCAACAUGGCAGACACUGGCCUCGGACACAGACCACUGACCAGGAAGAACUCAACAGAAGCACCCAUCGCCCAGCCUGAUAGUCAAGCAGCCCCCCCGUCUCUGGCCCUGGGCCCAGCCCCCCUCAGCCCCCCUGAGGAUGACGGGGGGUUCACCCCUAACUGGGUGGGGAAUCAGGAGUAUCAGCUGGGACCCCUCCAGUCCACGGACGAGACCCGACGGGAGAUCCAACAGCGCCCCUCUGACAGACCUCCCAUAAUGGACGAUGAUGACGAGGAGAGGGGAGUGAAGCUGGGUCUAGGAGACUUCAUCUUCUACAGCAUGCUGGUGGGGAAGGCCUCAGCUGCAGCAAACGGUGACUGGAAUACCACUCUGGCUUGCUUUGUAGCCAUACUCAUUGGCCUGUGUUUGACUCUUCUUCUCCUGGCCGUCUUUAAGAAGGCCCUCCCUGCUCUCCCCAUCUCCAUCUUCUUUGGCUUGGUGUUCUACUUCGCGACAGACAACCUGGUCAGACCCUUUAUGGACCAGCUGGCUCUGCACCAGUUCUACAUUUAGCAGGACGUCCCCCUGCCUUCACCCCCCCCACAGGAGAGGGGGUUUCCUUCUGCCUUUUUUCCCCCGGGCUUGGAGGGGGGGUUCCCCAGUCCCCAUGGCAACUCUUGUUGUGCUUCAAGUUCUUAACCAUGAUGACUUUAGAUUUGUUCAUACUGUCCUCAUUUUAAAAAAUGACGGUUACGCCUCCCUCUUCUGAGGCUGCUUGUUUUCACCACAGACAGUCUUCUAAAGUUAGAGGGAGGUCACGGUGAGGUCACGGUGAGGUCACGUUGUACAGGAGUGCGUACCAUCACCACAGAGCUAUACUGAACAAAAAAUAUAAACGCAACAUGCAACAAUUUCGACAAUUUUACAGAGUUACAGUUCAUAUAA